AUGAUCGAUGUUCUUCAAAGUAAAUAAAAGUCCUUCAUUCUUUGCUUGCCACUGCACUGCAUGAGUGUCCCCAUACAGGCAUACUGCAUAGAGUGCCACGAGUGUUGCCUUCACAGAGCUAGAGUUGCACAUGCAUGCGCGCUGGCUUUGCUAGUGUCGUGUUGUCGCUACCGACAUUGUAAAAGCUGAAUGUGACUGGAACAGCUCCGAUCUGAUUGUGUUCGGAGAAAAUUAUUGUUUGUGGCUAGGCUGGCCAUUGCAAACAAAGCGUACCCAGGUCAGGUCAGGCAGCAUUUUGACUGGUCGUUGACAGGGGACCGUGAGUACUUAGACCUGAAGCAGAAAUUUUCUUGAAGGCCUCUGCCUGAGUUGAUCAUUCUAGUGUGGUGGUGUUGACAAAGCAAAGAGUGCGUACGCUGGGAUUCCCUCCACUGGUCUGGCCAUGGACGAUAUUUUCUUUGCAACACGUGACGGGAACGAGAAAUACGUUCGCGAGUGGCUGUCCAACAACGAGAACGACAUCAAUGAGACUGACGGACAUGGCUUCACGCCGCUGCACUGGGCCGUACGGCAGGGUCAGGCCUCGUUUCUGGACCUGUACUUGGCAAGAGGUGCCCGCGUUGACCUGGUGAACAUGGGUGGUGAUACACCUAUGCAUUUGGCAGCGGCACACGGCAAUCCGGCUAUAGUGAAGAAGCUGCUACAGCAGAGAGCAAGCAUCAAUGCCAUCAACGAACAUGGAAACACGCCGCUCCACUACGCAUGCUUCUGGAACCAUGCCUCCAUUGCCCAGGAGCUGGUGGUGAGAGGAGCACGGGUGAUGCAGUGCAACAAGUAUGAUCAAACAACACUAGAACUGGCCAAGAAGGAGCUGGCCAGCACUCUGGCAGACAUGGCGCAAAAAUCUGGACAAGAGAUGAAGAGGAUCGAAUUCCGGCGAGACAUCAACACCAACACUAUGAAGCAUCCCAAGAUCAGCACUGCGGCGCUCCAUGAGCGUGGGCCUGAGGUCCCGCUGUCCGACCUGAAUCUAAUUCAGAAAAUGAUCUCGUCUCCGUUUGGCGAGAUCUGGCGGGGCAUGUGGCAAGGCGUUCCAAUCGUUGCGAAGAAGCUGACUGUCAAGAAACUGCAGAAUCCGACGGACUUCCUCUCCGAAUUUCCACAUCUACGGAUAUUCUCUCACACGAAUGUGAUGCCGGUGCUGGGUGCAGUGUGUGAUCCGAUGAACCUGAUAACCGUCACACAAUACAUGGACUUUGGAUCUCUGGAUGAUGUGCUUCACAACGAGAAAGCUGGCGUCAGCAUUGACUUUUCUCAGUCGGUGACAAUGGCCAAGCACAUAGCCCAGGGCAUGUCCUUUCUGCACAGCUUGGAUUCUCCGAUCGCACGGCUGGACCUAUGCCCCACGCAUGUCAUGGUGGAUACCGAUCUGAUUGCGCGUAUCAACCUCGGCUGUGUCCGCUUCUCCUUCCAAGACAACACGAAAGUGUACCGGCCGCAGUACAAAUCACCUGAAGCACUGCAGCAUCGGCCAGACGAGAUAAACUUCCGUGCAGCCGACAUGUGGAGCUUUGCAAUAGUCUUCUGCGAGAUGGUGUCCAGAAAGAAGCCUUUUGCUGGACUUACACCGCUGGAGGUUGGAAUGAAGGUCGCUUUGGAGAACAAAAGGCCCGACAUACCGGACACAGUGCCUUCGACUGUCUCGCGCUUCAUCAACAUCCUCUGGAAUCGAGAGCCGUCCAAGCGACCUAGCUUUGAUAAGAUCGUUCCCAUCAUUGACAAGAUGCACUAAACAGACUAUACCACUGCGCUACUACUAACUACACAGGACUGGACGAUCCUAUUCCCGGGGACUACACAACAGGUUCCAGGAUUCACUCACAGUUACGUUGAUGUUCCUUGCACUCUGAUGUCAUGUCUGGAAGAAAUGUACAGAGUUGCUACUCAAAGUAUGUCAGUGUGCCAUACCUUUUAGAGAGGUGAUUUGGUGUGCCUGCACUGCCGCGUCGCAUUCAGAUCUAGAUGCUCGCCGUGUUGUACAUACUAGGGCACUGCCGUCUGUGUGUGUGUGUGUGUGUGUGUGUGUGUGUGUGUGUGUGUGUGUGUGUGUGUGUGUGUGUGUGUGUGUGUGUGUGUGUGUGUGUGUGUGUGUGUGUGUGUGUGAGUGUGUGUCGGUAUGUCUGUGCUAGUACUUGUACAUGCGCCCACUCAUAUGCUUGAUAGCCAUGCAUGGCUUCUUAGUGACUUUCGGACGUCAACUGGAGACGCACGCAGGCAGGCAGCACGAGCACAUAGUAUUUUCCCGAUUUCUGUUGUAACAGCUAUUACCAUUCUCCAUUAUACUUUAGUAGACACAUGACGGUUGUAAACUUGUAGCCCAGUUCUUUUCCAAGUAAUGUAACGUCAUCAAAAUGAAAUAAUACUUUUAAAACAGUA